GGGCAUGACCAUGGAGGACAAGAUGAGAGCGAUACCAUUCAAGGAAUCAAGGAUGAACUUGACAACGGUCCUCCAACGUACUUUACUCUCUCGGACAAUUCUGGUCUCAUAUAUUCUCACAUUGCACUCAUGACGAUUGCUUGGAUUGUAAUCCUACCAGUCGCUGUGUUUCUUUCUCUGGCUUCCUCACGGUAUACGUUGGCAGCUCAACUUGCCUUCAUGGCUUUCAACGGAUUCGGCCUUCUUCUGGCACUAUUUUACAAUACUCGCACUCCCGAUUUGUACCCUAAUAAUGUCCAUCACAAGAUUGGCUGGAUAAUCACGGCAGUCAUGGUUGCUCAUGUUAUUGUGGGCUUCCUGGCACGCAGAAAGUCCACCACUUCUAUCUCAGGGACUCAUGCGAGUGCAGAGGAGCAGAGUUUUGUGCCUCUUGCAACAAUCACGACCGAUUAUAACUACAACGAUGCAUCGGAUGAGAAUUCAUCCAAUGGCGGGCCUUGUAGAGCUUCUAGCGACUCAAUAGGCAGUAGUUCCGGAACGACCCAUGCCGAGGAGUACGACGAAGACGCCCUCAAAUACUCCAGAGAUCUGCCAUCUCACCGUCAAGGACUCUUUUCAACUGUGAUCAACUCCACCACCCGCGCCAUUUCUCAAGUCAGAUCGCUGUCAACUUGGAUGAGCUACGGCUACAAAGUCACCGAUCGAAUCAUCCUACCUUUUGGUUUCAUAGCCUUCACUUCCGGGAUUGCGACAUUCGGAAGAUUCUUUGAAGGUGACGCCGUCUUCAAUGGUCUGGCACACUGGAUCAAAGGUGGUGUCUUCUUCUGGCUUGGCUUGUUCAACCUUGGACGCUGGGCGGGAAGCUUUGCUGACCUGGGCUGGGCUUGGAACAUGCGACCAAGGAGCCGAAAACACCAGCUGUCGGCUGAAUUCGUCGAAAGUUUUCUCAUUUUCAUCUACGGAUCGACAAACAUUUUUCUUGAGCACUUGGGUAAUUCAGAUGGAAAAUGGGGGGCUCGCGACUUGGAACAUCUGGCAAUCACUGUGCUCUUCCUCGGUGGAGGCUUGUGCGGUAUGCUUGUCGAAUCCACCAGGAUCAGAGAUCUACUCAAUACGACACUACAUUCACACGAGGCGUUUCUCGGCGAAGUUAGAACCCCGAUUCGCACUCCUCCAAGUUACGGAUUCUCUCUCAACCCCAUCCCGGCGUUGGUCAUCGCAUUACUAGGCACCAUGAUGAGUUCUCAUCACCAAACUACAAUGACGUCAACUAUGGUUCACAAGCAAUGGGGCCAGCUACUCCUUGGCGCCUCAGUUGCCAGGUGUUUGACUUAUAUCAUCAUGUAUAUCCGACCCCCAUCAUCGAUCCUACCCUCGCGCCCACCGACUGAGCUUUUGACAUCGUUUGGCCUGAUUGCGGGUGGUGUUGUAUUCAUGGCUAGCAGCAGCGAUACUGUCAGGGGAAUGAUUCACUAUGAUCUUGACGCCAUGUUUUUAUACACGGUUACAAUGGGUCUAGUUGGAAUUCUGAUGGCGUGGGAAGUUGCGGUGCUUGCUAUCAAGGGAAUGGCGAUCCGCAAGGAG